AUGUCUUCGGCCUCAGCUCUUGGAUAUUUCCUGUCACUAAAGCGUUGCGAGCUCUCAGAAGUUAACAAUGAGCUGGACCGUCGCUUUCUAAGCCAAGUUCAGAUAUCCGAGUUUAAGAAAGACGGCGUUCUUGUUGUUGACGAUGUUUUCAACCCUCUUGAGAUCUCUAAUGCUCUUUUGGCUUUCCAUUGCAUAGAAUCGCUCAUGAAGAAUGAGACAGUGUCCCACGCCGAUAUCAACUUGGAGGCACUUGGAGGAGGUAAAAUUCGGAAGAUCAUGAACCUUAUUGAUCACGGUGACGGUUUCAAAGCUCUCGCGAUUCAUCCUUCCUUACUUGUACUGAUAACGGGACUUCUCGGACCCAAGUUCCGCCUUCAUUCGAAGGGUUUCCUGACGAACAAACCCCCGGAAGUCUCCAGUAUCAAGCCCUGGCACCAGGACAGUGCUUAUUUCUCGGCAGGAAAUACCGUCAUCACGGUUUAG